AUGGGUGCGGCCCGCUCAAUCUGGUCUUCUAUAAUGCAAUCUCCUGGACGGGGUUCACAGAGCAAAUUUUGGAUCGCUUAUCUUAAAUUCGAGCGUGAUUGGGGUGAUGUGAAACACUUUGUACGCAUCUGUCGUAUGGCAAUCAAUUCAAUCAGUGAAUCUUCGGAAACCGUAUUUUCAACAAUUCAGCGUUUGGCCGCUGAGAUUGGACUUUCCACGAACCAGUUUCAUGAAUUGCAAUCCCGUAUACGGUCUCAUCAACUGCAGUUGGAUCAUCGUCGUCGCGUAGCUGACGCGGGAACCCAAGAGGUAUCAACUAACACAUCCCAAGCGACGGUCGUAGUUGACAAUUCGGCAGCGAAAUCAAAUGUUUCUCAAAAACCAAUCAAAGCUGAUGUGUCUGGGAAGAAGCGCGUCGCUUCCGUUAAAAAAGAAACAAUCCCGACGAAAAAAUCAAAGAUAGACAAUCCAUCUAUUUCCGCUUCAUCAUCAUCUUCGGUUCCAAUUCCGGUGCCAAGGGAACCGGUACCUCACGAUCCGCUGCGUGAAAAGCGUACAGUGUUUGUCAGCAAUUUGGAUUACUCGGUGAAUGAGGAACAAUUGCGUGCCAUAUUUGAAUCGUGUGGUAAGCUGUCAUCUGUGCGGCUCGUACGAGACUAUGCAGGUCGAUCAAAGGGCUAUGCCUACGUGGAAUUCGAGGAGGAGCAAUCUGUUCCUGUGGCCUUGGAAAAAGAUCGUCAACCGGUUGCUGGAACAACAGAUCUAGCUUCGGAUACCACUGAGUCGACUUCGGAAACGGAUCAACCGCUUCACUUCGCUAGGCCCAUGUUCGUGUCACGCUAUGAUCCGACUGGUACAAAAACAGGCAGCGGGUUCCGAUUCGAGGUGGGGCGUGAAGAACCUCAAAAGUUGUUCGUGCGUCACUUGGACAAACGGGUCACGAAAGAGGCACUGGAGACCCUAUUCGGGCAGGUCAGUGCAGUGGGUGAUUUUCAUGUGAUUAGAAUUGGUAGUCUAUCCUUUUGUAUGUUUCCAGAGCUACUUUAG